AUGGCGUCAGCUGUUACACGUGUUAUACUUAGGUGUGAGGAUGCCCAAGAAUCCCAAUUAUUAGAUUUAUCUGAAUGCCAGCUUAUGCAAGUGCCAGACGCAGUGUAUCAUUUGAUGCGACACACGGAAUUGAAGAGCUGUGAUCUCAGUGGGAAUGUCAUCACCAAGAUACCACCAAAGUUUACUGUUAAAUUUAGUUUAAUCACAGAUCUAAACCUGUCUAAUAACCAGAUUGCCAGACUACCAGAUGAAAUAUGCACCCUGGCCUGCUUAGAGCGGCUUGACAUCUCUCACAACUCCUUUGUGGCUUUGCCUCACAUUGCCUGCCAGUGUCCCAGCCUUCAUACCCUGAUAGCACAUCACAACCAAAUUAUUGAAGUAGAUGUUGAUCGAUUAGCGAGGUCCCGCGCCCUUGAAUAUGUAGAUCUCAGUGACAAUCCAAUCCAGCCACGGACACAUGAAGAGCUGAAGCAACUUUCACACCCCCGGAUAUCUGUAUCUGAAAGAGAGAAAGAAGAUUGGGAGGAGGAUCUCGUUAUUUAG